AAUCGCCCCCAACAUAUCAAAGCUACUCGCUAUAACCUGCCUGUUGCCGAAAUGGAGUAUGAUGUAGUGGACGCUAUUCGUACUAAUGACGUGACAAUUAUUUGCGGAGAAACUGGGUCAGGGAAAUCAACGCAGGUUCCACAAAUUCUCUAUGAAGCGGGGUUCACGACCGCCGUUAGUGAUGCGUCGGAGAAAAACAACUUUAUAAUUGGUGUCACGCAACCUCGACGAGUUGCCGCCGUUUCUACUGCCAAACGAGUUGGCUAUGAGAUGGGCGUAGGCAACGGACAGACAAUUACAAAUGGAAGGAAGGGCGAAGGAAACCUAGUAGCCUAUCAAACUCGAUACGAAGUAGCAGGGCUUGGACCCGCGACUCAUGUAAAAUUUAUGACAGAUGGCAUCCUUCUCCAGGAGAUUCAAUCUGAUUUGCUCUUAAGAAAAUACUCUGUUGUCAUCCUUGACGAAGCACACGAGCGCAAUCUCAAUACGGACGUCCUCAUCGGACUGCUCAGCGUAGCUAUGCCGCUCCGCCACCAAGCAGCUCAAGAGGCUGGAUCGGGGAUUGUGCCUCUGAAGCUAGUUAUCAUGAGCGCAACACUUAGAGUCGAAGACUUUGUUGACAAUGUCAAACUCUUUGGUUCCAACAUUCCAGCAGUGGUUAAAGUACCUGGUAGGACUUAUCCCGUCACUGUCCAUCAUAGUAAAGUCACUGAAAUAGACAAGUACGAGGAAGCGGCAUUUCGCAUGAUCAGCAAGAUUCAUAAAAAGCUUCCACAAGGUGGUAUCCUAGUUUUCUUGACUGGUAAACAAGAAAUUGUUCGGAUGGUCAAAAGGCUUCGACUUGAAUACAUUGUUGUAUCGUUGUUUUAUUCUUUAACACUUUCCUCACAAGCUCGUCCUUCCUAUAGUUCUUUGUUACCAGCUGAGGAACAGGCCAAAAUCUUUGCAACUGUACCUGAAGGGUAUCGGCUCAUUGUAGUUGCUACCAAUGUCGCCGAAACUAGUAUUACAAUUCCUGGAAUCUCCUACGUGGUCGACACUGGUCGACAAAAAUGCCGGAAUUACAAUACUUCAACAGGCGUAACCUCCUUUGACAUCAUGUGGAUAAGUAAAGCCGCGGCGGACCAAAGAGCGGGGCGUGCAGGUCGAACUGGACCUGGGCACUGCUACCGAUUGUACUCGAGUAGUAUGUAUGCUAGACAGAUGGAUGCCUAUGCACUCCCAGAGGUGUUGACGCGUCCGUUGGAAGAUGUCGUGUUGGCUAUGAAGGGAAUGAAUGUAUCCAAUGUUGGGGACUUUCCGUUUCCAACCCCGCCAGACCGGAAACAGCUUGAUGCCGCGGUGCGACUGUUGGCCGAUAUUGGAUGUGUCGAUUUGUCGGAAAUCGAAGAGAAAGGUGGCGACGGACAAGCGACUCGGCUUGGGGUGGCUGUCGCAAACCUGCCCUUGGGAGUGCGUUUCGGCAAGAUGCUGCUGGUAGCUGCUCAGGCCGGAGUUCUUGAUCAUGCAAUCGCGAUGAUUGCUGCGCUCACA